CCGUACCCGGCCAUCGAAGUGGGAAAGUGGAAGUGCUGAAAACAACCGUGAGUUCGCAACCUCCGCACAGAGCCACUCCGCCACACAUUCGUUGGACCGAGGGUCAUCAAGUCUUCACCGUCAUCCGUUUCGGGGCUAUCGGUGAAGGAGACGCUGGAGCGCGCUCGCGAGUUUGUUUUUCUGCGAGGGCGAACCCUCGACGGAAAGCGGCUUGGUACCUACGAAGGCCGCAGAUAGCAGGAGCGAACAUGUCUGACUACGCGACCGAGCUUCUUCGGAGGCAACUGCAGGAACUCAACAAGAACCCCCCCGAGGGAGUCUCCGUGGGUCUGGCCGAUGACGACAAUAUGUUUAUUUGGGAGCUGCUUAUCGUGGGCCCAGCGGAUACGCUGUAUGAGGGAGGGUUCUUCAAAGCCAAGCUCGAGUUCCCGAAAGACUUCCCGAACAACCCUCCGACCAUGACCUUUGUCAGCGAGAUGUUCCAUCCCAAUGUGUACCCGGAUGGGAGGGUGUGCAUUUCGAUCCUUCACCCACCGGGAGAGGACAAGUUCAACGAACAGGAAACCGCGGAGGAACGCUGGCGCCCGAUCCUGGGGGUAGAAGGGAUUAUCGUCUCCGUCGUCUCAAUGCUCUCGGACCCAAACGAUGAGUCCCCGGCCAAUAUCGAUGCGGCAGUCAUGUGGCGAAAUGACCGCGAAGCCUUCAAAAAGAAGUCGCGCCUUUUGGUUCGCAAGUCCCAGGACGCGCUGUGAUUGGUGUGGUGGUCGAGGUUGCUUGGUGUGGAUUUUGACGUUGGAUUUGUUUUGCUUUGAUUGAUUGUUUCUCCUCUUCUCGUCGUUUGCUUGUUGAUUUUUUUUCAUGUGGGUGCGUUUCUUUUCUUUGUUUUUGUGUUCGACAGGAAGAUAGGAGCGCAUCUGCGAGAGGCGUAUUCCUGCAUCAUCCUUUGACAACUUUUUCCUCAGUUUUUUUUUUGUUCCUGGCAAGCCAGCGAGCAACACGAGAAAAAGGACGAGUUGGCAGGAAGUUGGUGUGUGAGCUGAUUGAUCGAUGGGAAUUCGUUGCGUGGAGAAGGACGCGCGACACUGGAUGGAUAUUCCCAUGAUAAUGUUCCCAAAUUUGGAAUGAAAAUGGAAUGAAAUCCCCCCCCCCACCACCACCAGCACCUCUUUCUUGCGAAGAUGCCGGGACGUAGGAAGGCGAGGGCGAUGCGCCUGGAGGGGGUGGGUGGGUGGGGGGGCGACGUUGCUUCGAAGUUUCGGGAGUUGCAUGGAUUCUUGCAGAGAGCCACCUGCAUGAACGACGGAGCUCGGACGAUAUUGCGCGGAAGGAAGUGGGGACGAGGGGAGGUGCCCGAUAUUGUUCGCGUGACGCCCACAACGCCGAGAGUGUCAGCCGUCGCGGGGUUGUGCCUCUUGCUGGUCGCUUCGUGCUGGCUUCGCAACGGCGGUUUGAGCGCGAGCUUAGUACUCCGAAUGGUUUAGUACCAGUGCACGCGGAGGUGUAGGCGUUUUCCUUGAUGAAAGGAUAGAUGUGUCUCGUGAACGAAGACACGCAUGGAAGAUCCUUACGCAAGUGGUAGGCAGCAGGCGGUACGGUGGAAACCUUGUUCGAGCCCACAGCGUGUUGUAGCUGUGUCUUUGCUCGCCGCUACCCCGUGUUUCGUCCCUAAGGUAUGAUUAUGGUCGCCACACGAAAACAUGCCCCCCGCCGCGGUGGUUGUUGGAUGGAUGACGACCUACCCUGCCUCAUGGAAUGGCUGACGACCCUUUCUAGCAUCAUCCAUUGACAAGGGAAGUGAAAACAAAGAAGUUACCGCGCGGUUUCGCGAGAUGAAGCGCGUUUGGGUACCGCAACAUCGCAUUUUUCUAAGUUUGGGGUUGAGACGCGGGUUGGAGGUGGUUGAUGGCGUGGGACCAAUUGGAAGGCCUACCCACGGGGCUGGGCGUUCUAGACGCUACUGUACUGCAUCGCCCCGUUACGACAUGGUGAGUCGAUUGGGUGCGGGACGCGACUUGGAUCUCCACGUUAACCCGCCCCCCCCCCGCAAUACACCUGCCGUUGCGCAAGC